CCUAGUAGCUGUAGACUAGUAGUUGAAGAAGAAGCGCAGCGAAACUCGGGCGAGAAUCAGAGCAUCAGACUCCCCGCGGACAUGGCUACUAUUUCCAAGCUCUCCAAUCCAGGCCUUGCCGCUUCAUCCUCUUUCACUUCCAGGAGAUCAUCGCCUGCUCCCAAAUGUUUCGUCGAUAUCCGCAACAAAUCCUCCUUCGACGCCCGAAUUUCCUCUUCUAAGUUGUUGGCCUUCGCCAAGCCUUCUCUCAACGGCUCCCUCGUUGUUAGAUGCUCCCAAGGUGGAGGAAAUGGAAGCCCAAUCAAGAGAACAAGUCUUCAUGAUCUGUACGAGAAGCAAGGGCAAAGCCCAUGGUAUGAUAACCUGUGUCGCCCUGUUACGGAUCUAAUUCCAUUGAUUGAGAGCGGUGUUAGAGGCGUUACCAGCAAUCCUGCGAUUUUCCAGAAAGCUAUAUCUACUUCAAAUGCCUAUAAUGAUCAAUUCAAGGAACUUGUACAAGCUGGGAAAGACAUUGAAAGUUUGUAUUGGGAACUUGUGGUAAAGGACAUCCAAGAUGCAUGCAAACUCUUUGAGCCAAUUUAUGAUGAAACAGAAGCAGCCGAUGGCUAUGUUUCCGUUGAAGUGUCACCUAGACUUGCUGAUGAUACUGAAGGAACUAUUGAGGCUGCAAAGUGGCUUCAUAAGAAGGUUGACCGACGUAAUGUGUACAUAAAAAUUCCUGCUACAGCCCCAUGCAUCCCUUCCAUCAAGGAAGUCAUUGCCAAUGGAAUUAGCGUCAAUGUAACGCUCAUAUUCUCUAUCGAAAGAUACGAAGCAGUAAUUGAUGCUUACCUGGAUGGUCUUGAAGCUUCUGGGCUUAAUGACCUCUCCAAAGUUACAAGUGUGGCUUCCUUUUUCGUUAGUCGCGUAGACACACUCGUUGAUAAGUUGCUUGAGAAAAUUGGAACUCCAGAGGCUCUUGAUCUUCGUGGGAAGGCUGCAAAUGCUCAAGCAGCUCUGGCUUUCCAGUUGUAUCAGAAGAAAUUUUCUGGUCCAAGAUGGGAGGCUCUGGUGAAGAAGGGUGCGAAGAAGCAGAGGCUUCUGUGGGCAUCAACCAGUGUUAAGAAUCCAGCUUAUCCAGACACUCUGUAUGUGGAUCCUCUGAUUGGACCAGACACGGUUUCAACCAUGCCUGAUCAAGCCCUCCUAGCAUUUAUCGAUCACGGUUCCGUUGCAAGGACAAUCGACGCUAAUGUCUCCGAAGCAGAAGGUAUAUACAAUGCCCUCGAUAAGUUGGGCGUUGACUGGAAGCAAGUCGGCACUCAACUUGAAGUUGAAGGGGUGGACUCUUUCAAGAAGAGCUUCGAUAGCUUGCUCGACAGUCUGCAGGAGAAGGCAAACUCCAUCAAGCUAGUUUCCCUGUAAAACAUAUGAAUUCCAUUUUGCCCAGCAGAGGACUUAGAGCUUAGUUGUGGAAGAAAUAAAUAAGGCAAUUCUGCCUGGAUUUGAGAAAUACUGAAGAGCUUUUAAUGUAUAAAAUAACAUGGUGUUUGUGCUUAAGAAUUUAUCACUGCUCUGGUCCUAUGUCCAUUUCAUUUGUGUUUUAAAAUUUUUAAUCUUUUGGGUAAGAAAA